CCGGAUAUACACUACAGACGAGGGGUAACACUUUAAAAAGAGACAAUGCGGUACGUGGGGAGGAUGUUUCCUGAACGUUGAAGUACGACUUUUCUCCUUCUUUACUUUCACCAUCUACUCCACCUAUACAUCUCCUCACCACCACAACAAAAACGAAAUGCUCGAAACCCACCACCACAUCGCCUCGACCAAAGGCCUCUCGAGCCUCACCACCCUGAUCACCGACCCCACCACCGGCGCCGCCAUCCUGAUCGACCCCCCGUUCCUGCUCCCGGACGCCCACUCCGUCCUCGCCUGGAUCCCCACCACGUCCGCCGCGGGGGGCUCGCAACCCGACCUCAAAGCCAUCUUCGUCACCCACCACCACCCGGACCACUUCUUCUCCGCCAACCCCAUCCUCGACGCCUACCCGGCCGCCAAGUUCUACGCGGCGCCCUACGUCCUCGCCGGCAUCGAGCGCGAGUACGCCGAGAAGGUGGCCUACUGGCCCUCCGUGCUGGGCACGGAGAAUGUGCCGGCCGCGCCCCGGAAGCCCGAACCCUUCCCCUUCAGCUUCUUCCUGUUGGAAGCGGCCCCCGAGAGUCCGGUUGUCCUGCUGGGACCGCUGCAAGGCGACGCGGUCGAUCACACGGUGUUCUGGUUGCCCACGGAGCGGACGGUCGUCUGUGGGGAUACGGUGUAUGGGAGGAGUACGCAUGUUUGGGUCGAAGAACUCGAAACCCCCGCCCUCCUCGAAAGCUGGCGCAAGACCCUCGACCUCCUCGCCCUGCUGCAGCCCACCAAGCUCAUCCCGGGCCACCUGGAGGCGGGCUGGUCGCUGGACAGCGCCGCGGACCUGGCCCACACGCGCCGGUACCUGGACGUGUUCGCCGACAAGGUGACGUACGCGGCCACGCAGCCGGGCGUCCAGGAGCUGUACGACUUCUUCCGGGACGAGUUCCCGCAGUGCCGCGAGAACCUGGACUUCUUUCUGGGCCACCUGGCGAAUCAGUUCGGGGAGGGCGGCACGGUCUGGGCGGAGAAUCGGUGUCAGGAUGUGGGGGCCCGGACGGUGGAGGGGUUGUGUGGGUAUUGGUUUCGAUGAUUUCUCGCGUCCUUGCUACGGGUGGAGAUGGAGAGGGAAGGGAUGAGGGCUAGUUAAUGGCAUGCGUUAGCUUGAAACAGCUACAGGUUAUGUCU